AUGGUGCUCCUCAAGGUUUUGCGGAAGACAAAGCAGAAGGAGAAAGAACUUCGCCUCCUGAUGCUAGGUCUGGACAACGCAGGAAAGACGACGAUUGUCAAGCGAAUCAACGGAGACGACUGGGACACGGUCUCGCCGACUCUCGGCUUCUCCAUUAGCACCUUCGCCUUCCAGGGAUACAAGUUGAACAUCUGGGACGUUGGGGGCCAGCGAACGAUUCGUUCCUUCUGGAGAAAUUACUUUGAGGAGACAGACGGCGUCGUGUGGGUGGUGGACUCUGCGGACCGGCCGCGUCUGGAGAUUUGUCGCGAGGAGCUUCACAAACUGAUGAAAGAGGAACGCUUGGCAGGAGCGACGCUCCUCGUCUUCGCAAACAAGCAAGACGUCCCCUCUGCAAUGACAGCAGCCGAAAUUUCGCAGGCGCUUGAUCUGGAUGCGAUGAAAGAGAGUCGUCAUUGGAGCAUCGCUGCAUGCAGCGCCUGGGAGGGCGCCGGUCUUCUGGAGGGAAUUCACUGGCUCGUGGAGGACAUUUCUUCGCGAAUGUUUGUCCGAAGUUGA